AUGAGUGCUCUAAAUAAUAAAGAUUUCAUAACCAGAGAGGAGAAUACUGAAGCUUAUGGUACUGUUGUAUCUUGUGAGAGUGUGGCGAGUUCUUGUAAGGAUAAAGCUGAGCCAAAUGACGAACCUAUAGUUGUGAAUGGCCCGUCUUCCUUACUGGUGCCAGUGCUAUUAUGUUCGAUGAUCUCUUUUGGAGGGUUCAUCUUUGGUUGGGAUAUUGGUACUAUUGGUGGUAUCGUUAAUAUGCCUAGCUUCCAGUUGAAUUUUGGGUUGUCUGUUGAUGGUCCAAGCAGUGACACUUGGAUAAUUGGAUUAGUUGUUUCGAUAUUUAAUAUUGGAUCAGCUAUAGGUGGGUUAACCUUAGCUAAAUUGGGUGAUCUAUUUGGUAGGAAAGCUGGACUUUUCACUGCUUUGGGUUUCUAUAAUAUUGGGUUAUUCAUCCAAUUGAUUAAUGAUCAUAACUGGUAUCAAUUUUUUAUUGGGAGAAUUUUUACUGGGUUGGCUGUCGGAUCUAUUGCUGUUUUAGUGCCAAUGUUUAUAUCGGAAAGUGCUCCAUUAAAGAUUCGUGGGUCCAUGGUGUGUAUGUAUCAAUUGAUGAUCACUUUGGGGAUUCUUCUAGGUAAUGUGGUGAAUUAUGGUUGUAAAGAUAUGUCUAUAGUACAAUUUCAAAACAAAUCAUGGCAGACACCUUUGAGUUUGGGUUUUGCUUGGGCUUGGAUCAUUGCUAUAGGGUUGAUAUUCAUUCCCGAAUCUUCACAGUUUCUAUUAAGGAUAAAAAAUGAUGUUAAUGCUGCUAAAGUCUCGUUUGCCAAGAUGAAUGGAUUACAAAUAAACGAUGAAAUGACAGAUAGAUACAUAUACACACAACAAAAUAUUACUGACAGUUUUAAGACAGAGGAGAAAAACGAGAUUGCUAUCGAAAGUGCUACUGAUGACUCCAAAAAUGAUACAAGUAAAAAUAGAAACUUAUUUGAGUUUAUCUCUGGCGAACCAAAACUAGGGUUACGUUUGUUUGUGGGGAUAAUGGCAAUGAUAUUCCAACAACUUUCAGGUAUCAACUAUUAUUUUUAUUAUGGUACCUCCAUCUUCAAAAGUGUAGGACUUGACGACCCAUAUAUUACUUCCAUCUUAUUAUCAUCAGUCAAUUUUUUUGCAACCUUUGGUGGAAUUUAUUUUGUUGAAGCUAUAGGAAGAAAAUCGUGUUUGCUUGUAGGUUCGCUGGGUAUGUUCUGUUGUAUGAUGAUAUAUUCAAGUGUGGGUGGAUUUGUAGCCAAUACACCAACAACUGGUGCUGUCCUCAUCAUAUUCACUUGCGUUUAUAUAUGUUUUUUCGCUACAACACUAGGCCCAGUGACAUACGUCCUUGUGUCAGAAUUGUUCCCAUUGCGCACUAGAGCCAUAUCGAUGGCCGUAUGCACAUCAUUUAACUGGAUAUUUGGUUUCCUAAUAUCAUUGUUCACUCCAGUUAUAAUCUCAAAGAUAGGGUUCCUGUUUGGUUAUGUCUUUGCAGGAUGUCUUCUGGCAUCCGCCGUUUUCGUUUGGUUCCUUGUUCCUGAAACAAAGAACAAAACUGAACAAGAAAUCGAUGAGAUGUACACAUAA